AUGUCGUCAGAUCCAAAUUCAACCAUUGUACACAUUAACCACCCUCUGGCAUUGGCAACAACUGAUUCAACACCAACCAGUAUAAUUCAGGACAACAAGAAUGUUUCAUCAUCAACAGUCAUAGUAAAUAGUAAUAAUAAUAAUAACAAUAAUAACAAACGAAAAACUUCAUCGUCGGGAUCAUCACUCCCAAAAACACCCAUCCAUAUUUCUUCUUCCGAUGCUGAUGAAUCAGAAAGUGCAGAGGAAUCAUCAAGUGGAGGAGAAUUUCAUGAUGCCAAUGAUGAAACAAAACCCAUGCUCUCCCACCAAGAAUCACCAAGCAAAAGACUCUCUAAAAAGUCGUCUUUAAAACAUACAACAAAAGCUGCUUCUUCUUCGGAUGUUAUCACGAACAGUAUUCCACAACCUUCGGCAUUGUUUAGCGGAUGGUUUGGAUCUGCAAAUAGAGAAGAGAACCAACCGAUUACUCCCACACGUUCCGAAGGAGCCUUGGCAAAGAAAGGUGGUCCGAAAUGGUGGUGGCUUGAAAUAUUCAAUAACAAUGAAAAAUCAUCACCAACGAAUAAUUUGUUGGAUGAAACCUCCCUUAGCGGAAUAUUGCCAUCCGAUAGUUUUAAGAGAAAUUCCUUGACACAGCUUGAACAUCAGAAAGAAGUUUUGGAAGAACGAGUUCGUAUGAUUAAUUCAAUGAUGCAACGAAUGAAAGAAACUAAAAAGUCGCUCAAACAGAAAAGAUCUACAACUCCACUGACAGUCCCUUUAUCCAAAGAUGAUGCACCAUUGGAUGGUGUUGACUCCAUUCGGGAGGAUGAGGAGGCAAAUUCAUCGGUGAUAAUUUCCACAGACAAAGUAUAUGCACUUGGUGUGCCAUCACAACAAAACAAAAAAUUAAGAAAAAAGAAAUUAAGCAAUUCAAACACCUCAUCACUAGAAAAGCUAUCAAAUCUCAAUAAGAAAAAGAAUGCACAUUCUGUACAAAAUGAGAGCGAAAAUAGCACACCAGCAACUCAAGACAGCAUCACUAUUAUGGAAAACCCUUUACUUUCACCUUCUCAGUGCCAAAUCGACAGUAAUGACCAAACACAAUCAGAAACUCAAAAAAAGGGUAUCUUUUCCAAUGUGUUUGACAAUUAUUUCACUAAAUCCUUCAAAAACAUACCAGUGGAAGAAGGUCAAGAAAAACUUCCUUCAGAUCGUAUUUUUUCAAAAGAUAGCUCUGUUACAGAUUUAGAAGAAGGAAAUAUGUCCAAAAUUGUUGUGGACGAAACUCAACAAGAACAAGUCAUUGGAACCUCAUACUCAACAUUGUAUGAUUACGAAAGACAAGUACAACUCAUAUUAAUUGAUUUGGGAUAUGCAUUAGCUACAUAUGGCGUACCAGCCCAUCGAUUAGAGUACCACUUAACUUACAUUUCAAAACAAUUUGGUGUGAAACCUUGUCAAAUCGAGUAUACUAGUACUGGGCUAUUAUUUUCGUUUUCAGAUCCAAUUGAUUGGGCUCAUUAUAAUGUAGAAAAUGGGAAAAGCACGUCAACAACUCUGUACAUAACGAUUGACAAUGCCAAUCUAUCAUCCACUGGAGGCUCUAUCAAUUUGGACAAAUUAUACCAACUUGAUAAAAUUGCCGAAGAGCUAGCAGCACGUACAAUUACUAUUCCUGACGCAAGAAAAAGAAUCAGAAAAGUUAUUCGUAGUAAGCCAAUUUUCAACCAUUUUGGUUAUCAAAUUGCUACCCAUUUAUUGAACACCUUUGCGUGGGUAGUAUUUCUUGAUGGAAGUAUACUUGAAAUGAUAACAUCCUGUGUUAUUGGUGCCAUGGUUGGUGUUUUUUGUACAUUGGCAGAUAGAUAUCCAUAUUUUCAUCGUGUAAAUAGUGUCAUUAACUCAGUUGCAGCAGGAUUAGUGGCAACAAUUUUGAAAAUUAUUUUUGCACAAUUUACAGACCCAGUAGCAAGACCACUUUCUGUUUUUUUAGUUACUCUGUGUGGAGUGUUCUCCAUCCUCCCUGCCAUACAAUUUACGACAGGAAUUGCAGAGCUGAGCACAAGACAUUUAUUGAGUGGAUCUGUAAGAUUAUUUAGUGGUUUUAUUGCAACUCUACAGCUAGGAUUUGGUGUAUUAAUGGCGACAGGUAUUGACAACUUUCUCUCCAAUUCUACAACUAUUUUUGCUCACAACAAACCGGACAAGUUUCGAAAUUUUAACAGAGUAGCCGAGUGGAUAUUAGCUCUAGUUCUACCAUUAAUUAUUAUAUCAAACAUCUUCACUUUUAGAGUGCCUAAGAAAAUAUUGACCUAUCUAUUUGUGGGCAUUAUUUCAUACAUUUCAUUCUUUGUUACGACCGUCAGUGCUCACUAUUUGGGAACUGAAGUUGGAGCUCUUCUUGGAGCGUUAGUUUGUGGAAUUAUUGGAAAUUUAUAUGCUCUGAUAACGAGAAAUCCAGGACUAUUGGUAACAGUUUGUGGAACAGUGUUGCUUAUACCUGCAGCAUUUGGUGUACGAGGUGUAAAAGACUUUCUUGCAUCCAACUCUGGUAAUGAGACUAGCUUGAUUAGUGGUAUUGAGUUUGUUUUCAAUCUUCUCUCUAUCACUGUAUCAGUUUCUGUUGGGCUUUUAUUAGGAGACUUUAUUGUUCCCGUACCAAGAAAGCUUAGCUUCUAG